UCCUGCUACACCACGAGGUUCCUGUUGAUGAUGUCACCAACGACUAUCUGACGGCCUUGCAUGUCGCCGCCCACUGCGGACACUACAAGUCGCCAAGGUCAUUGUGGACAAGAAGGCCAAUCCCAACGCUAAAGCACUGAAUGGUUUCACUCCGCUCCACAUCGCCUGCAAGAAGAACAGAAUCAAAGUGAUGGAACUGCUGCUGAAACACGGAGCAUCUAUACAGGCAGUGACCGAGUCGGGUCUCACUCCGAUCCAUGUGGCGGCUUUCAUGGGACACGAUAACAUCGUCACUCAGCUGACGAAUCAUGGAGCUUCUCCAAACACAACUAAUGUGAGGGGAGAGACGGCGCUCCACAUGGCAGCGAGGGCCGGCCAGGCUGGCGUGGUCAAAUACCUGGUUCAGAGUGGAGCCAGAGUGGAGGUCAAGGCCAAGGACAACCAGACCCCGCUCCACAUCUCCAGUCGUCUGGGGAAGCCUGACAUCGUGCUGUAUCUGCUGCAGAAUGGGGCGUGUCCUGACGCCACUACCACCUCUGGCUACACCCCCCUACACCUGGCUGCCAAAGAGGGACACAGAGACGUCUCCUCAGUCCUCCUUGACCAGGGGGCUUCUCCAGACAUCACUACCAAGAAAGGCUUCACUCCCCUCCAUGUUGCAGCUAAGUAUGGGAAGAUGGAAGUGGCCAACCUUCUGCUGCAGAGACACACUGCGCCCGAUGCAGCUGGGAAGAGUGGUCUAACUCCCCUACAUGUAGCUGCUCACUAUGACAACCAGAAAGUGGCUCUGCUGCUGCUGGACCAGGGAGCUUCACCACACGCUGCUGCCAAGAAUGGCUAUACUCCACUCCACAUCGCGGCUAAGAAGAACCAGAUGGAGAUUGCCACGACGCUGCUGGAGUACGGAGCCGACACCAACUCUAUGACACGUCAGGGCAUCACACCGCUGCACCUGGCCUCUCAGGAGGGCAACGUAGACAUCGUUACCCUGCUACUGGCCAGGAAGCCACCAUCAGCUUGGGCAACAAG